GGUCGAUAAACCUGCGGUGCCCAGUCAAAAGAGUGCAUCCUAUCAAACACGGUGAGACCUCCUGAUUCAUCCAAUCAGAUGAUUACAAUCACAGCUUUUACACCAAUCCGAGAUCUCCAUUUGAUGGGUAUGGGUCUGCUUGGUACAAUUUUGCCUCAUCACCUGAAAACGCCACUCUGGAAGACAAGCACAAGGAAGCAUGCACGCCACGACGCUGACGCGCUGCUCGCGUGUGGCCCAGAACACCCGCUGUCUGAGCACUGCCGCCGCCUCUGUGCAGGUGACGCACUCGGAGCGCGGAUCGCGUCUUGCGGCGCUGCGUGAGCGUCUCGCGGAGGAGUCGCGUCAGGGUCCGACGUUCGAGGAGCAGGCGUUGUCACUUGAGGACUUUGCGUUUGAAGCGGACGCUGCUCCUGGUACCAAACCUUCGCGUAAGCCAAACGCAUCCAACCGCAAGCCCAAAUGGCUGAAGGCGCAGCCCACACAGGGCGCCAACUACGAGCGACUACGCAAGACAGUUAAGAGUCUGGGUCUUAGCACAGUGUGCGAGGAGGCCAAGUGUCCUAACAUCGGCGAAUGCUGGGGCGGCGGUAAGGACGGCAUCGCCACAGCCACGAUCAUGCUCAUGGGAGACACGUGCACGCGUGGCUGCAGCUUCUGCGCCGUCAAGACCAGCAAGAAACCCAAGCCGCUGGACCCUGAAGAGCCCAACAAGGUGGCAGAAGCGAUCGCUGCGUGGGGACUCGACUACAUCGUGUUCACCAGUGUCGACCGUGACGAUUACGAAGAUCUGGGCGCUGGACACUUCGCUAAGACCGUGAGCACGCUGCGUGCCAAGCUCCCGGAGAUCCUGAUCGAGUGUCUAACCCCCGACUUCCAGGGCCACGACAACCUGAUCGAUCAGGUGGCGACAUCGGGUCUUGAUGUCUUCGCACACAACAUGGAGACGGUCGAGCGAUUGCAGCGUCGUGUGCGUGACUACCGUGCCAACUACAAGCAGUCGCUGCACGUGCUGGAGCGAGCGAAGGUGGCUGCUCCUCAUCUCGUGACCAAGACGUCACUGAUGCUUGGAGUGGGCGAGCGCAACGAGGACGUGUUCCAGACGCUGCGUGAUCUGCGUAACAGUGGCGUGGACGUCGUGACUUUCGGCCAAUACCUGCGUCCCAGCACCAAGCACAUGCCGGUCAAGUCGUACGUGACUCCCGAGGCCUUCGCCGAAUGGCAGAAGGUGGCUGAGCAGAUGGGCUUCUUGUACGUUGCUAGUGGCCCCAUGGUGCGCUCCAGUUACAAGGCUGGCGAGUUCUUCAUGAAGAAUCUACUCAAGAACCGCAAGGCGGAGGUUGUCGCGUAGAUUUAUGCCAAUUGGAAGGCGGGAUAGUAGAGCGACGAAGCCACCUAAACAGACAUUACUUCUCACUUGGAUGUUGAUUGUAUUCCUAUCUAGCAGUUCAGGACAGAGCCUGCACGAGCGACGCUGUAAGGAGUGACCGCGUGACACCCGUACAUGCGUCUGUGCAGAGAUCCACUGCCUCUUGUAGCUGCGUGUGGUGGAUCUUGCCGGCCUGGAGCAUGUACGUGACUCGUCCCAUCGACGGCAUGUAGGCCAGUGCCAGUUUGCCGUCUCCACGUUGUUCCUCCUCUCUGCUCGGGUCCAACACCACCGAACCGUUCACAAUACCCUGCAAAUAUCACCGACCAUAAAAAUCAAUAGUUGGAAACAAUUCAAGCAUGUAAUGGUGCAACUCACCGCGCUGGACGCCGUGACCACGUCGUACAUCUCCACGGCGGCAUCAGCCAGCGCCAAGGAUGCGCAGUUAAUAGCAGCAGCAAAUACUCCUCCAUCGUCCUCCAAAAUCGUCACGAACACUGAUAUGAUGCAUUUGGGCAGCUUGUGCAGCAUCACAGCGGGGGCCAAUGCCUCUUCCACAAUGGCAGACAGCUCCAGCUCGUCCGGGUCCUGGCCGCGCUCACGCCGCGUCAACUUAUCAGCAAACGGCGCGUAUUUGACGUCGCACACUAGUUGACCGUCCUUGCUGAAUUCGCGGCGCGCACGCGUGUCUGUCCGCGGGCCGUAGACAGCGCAAACCACACGGGUACGGCCAAGCUCGACGUACGCCGAUCCGGCAGCGCCGCUCACAGCGCCCAGCUGCAUAAAAGGUCGACGCAUCUCGUCGGAGCUGGCACGGGACUUAUCUAGCCGCUCCAUCGGUGCAUCUUCAUCCUUCGGGACAGGCAGCUGAGGCUGCACCGGCAGCGGGUAGUAGCAGUUCUGCAUCUCUUCAGCUCUUGUAAUGGAGUGUCGACCAGCAGCUACUCUACACAUAGUAUACACCAA